AUGACUGGACGCGGCAAAGGAGGCAAAGGUCUUGGAAAGGGCGGUGCCAAGCGCCAUCGCAAGAUUCUACGAGACAACAUCCAGGGUAUCACCAAGCCCGCUAUCCGUCGUCUUGCCCGCCGUGGCGGUGUCAAGCGUAUCUCCGCCAUGAUCUACGAAGAAACCCGUGGUGUCCUCAAGACCUUCCUCGAAGGUGUCAUCCGCGAUGCCGUCACAUACACUGAGCACGCCAAGAGAAAGACAGUCACGUCGCUAGACGUUGUCUAUGCUCUUAAGAGACAAGGACGUACUCUCUACGGUUUCGGUGGUUAA